AUGAAGAACCUUGUCACGCUAAACCGGGGCGAGAUAGUUCUCGAGUCGCUCACGUACCCGGAUCUUCCGGUGGUGGCGCUGACAUACGACCCGGUUGCCGACAGCAUCACCUGCUGUCUCGCCAACGAUGAAUACGUCGAGGUCCAGCAGAUGCAAAAGUCGGGCCAACGGGUAGUGCUCGCCUCGUUUGCCGUCUCUGCGCCCGGGGACGUGUUACUGUUUGCCCAUUUUGACGACUGGACCCAGCUCGUGUUUGUAUUCACCGGAGGGGACCUCGUGGUGGCUACUUAUGUCCCCGAAGCCGACUGCGACUCCACCACGGUGGAGAUCGUGGGUCUGAUCGAUAGCGGCCUCCAGGCAGCCCAAUGGUCGCCUGACGACGAGAUCAUUACCCUUGUCACCAACGACAAUAAGGUGCUCUUGCUUCCACGCCUGUUUGAUGACCCUAUUUGUGAUAAGCAGUUGGACGCUAACGAUAUUAAGAUCCUGGACUCUAAACACGUAUCGGUGGGCUGGGGUAAAAAAGAGACUCAGUUUAAGGGGAGAGGAGCCCAUGCUCGUGAGCGGGAAGCGCUUAAACACGCAGGGCUCACUCAGGAAGGAGAGUUGAGAGACCCUACCGUCAAUGAAGUGGAACGCGGAACUCUCUCGCCGCUAGAUCGUCACACCACCAAAGUCUCAUGGAGAGGCGACGGUGAGUACUUUGCUAUAUCUACAAUUGAGCCCGUGGCCGUCGAAGACACCGGAGAGAGCUACGACCGUCGUGUUAUCAGAGUGUUCCUGAGAGACGGUGUUCUUGAUCUGGUGAACGAAGCUGUUGAUGGUCUCGAACACAACUUGGCGUGGAAACCUCAGGGGGCUUUGAUUGCCCUGACUCAACGCCACACCGAUGACGAUGGUGACGACGUGCUUGACGUGGUUUUCUACGAGCGUAAUGGGCUCAGACACGGCGAGUUCAACUCAAGACUCAACCCUGAGUCAGCAGUAAUUGUUGACAUGCAAUGGUCGUGUGACCUGGGGGUUUUGCUGAUCCAAUUGGACAAUCAAGUACAAUUGUGGACGACAAAGAACUACCACUGGUACUUGAAGCAAGUGUACAAUUUCUCGUCCCCCGUCAAAUUCCACAGAUGGCACCCGGAAAAGCCGUUGCUGUUGAUGGUAGCCACCGAAGUAAGCCUCGAGAUGUUUGAUUUGGCCACUACCGUCCACACUGGGGCGACGACAAUGGGUGCCGACCAGGGGAUGACCCUUGUAACUGAUGGCGACGAAAUCAAGAUCACUCCUCUCGCGGUGGCUAACGUGCCUCCUCCCGUCAGUUUCAGAGAAGUGUAUGUGCCUGAACCGAUUAUCGACGUGUGCACUAACCGUAGCGGUACUCGGUUUGCUGCUGUUGGCACCACUCAGCUUCACAUCACUGCGGCCAUGGAACUGCCGCUGCUGCCUGCUCCCAAAGUGGAAACCAGUGCCGCGAUGGACCCUGGUUUCGCCAAGUAUGUGGCAUUUAUCGGCGACGAUACCGUGGUGGUGGCGAUUGACCAAGCAGCGUUUACGUCGUUGGUGUUUUACGAGUUAGACGGUCUGGUGAGCCGAGUAGUGGAUUUGGAAACUAAAGCAGUAGUGGUUAAGGCCACCGCUGACCUUACUGCGUUGGCUGUCGAAUUAAGAGACGGACAAGUGUUCACUUAUUCCCAAGAUGGCGAACCCACUUAUAUCACUACUUUCCCUCAGCUUUGUCGGGAGAUUGAGGUGCUUAACGACACUGCCUUUGGUAUCUCGGCGCUGGCUAAGCUCUACGCCAACGACCAUGAAGUGUGCACUAACGCCACCUCGCUCAAACUCUCGGAACUGCAUCUUUUGUUCACCACCUCGCAACUGCAGCUUUGCUUCAUUCACUUGGACCAAGCCAUCACUGAAAACAUCAACUUUGGUGAGUUGAACGACGAGCGGGUGCGUGCAAUUGAGAGGGGGUCGUUUUUGGUCAACGUGAUGCCUCUGAAGUACUCGGUGGUGCUUGAAGCUCCCAGAGGUAACUUGGAGACAAUCUACCCGCGUAUUAUGGUGCUUUCAGCCGUACGCCAGUUGAUUGUGGCUGGUGAGUACUACCAAGCGUUUAUGGCGUGUCGUACUCAUCGCAUCGACUUGGACAUCUUACACGACUACCGGCCUGAUUUGUUCAUGGCUAACGUCGAUAAGUUUGUGGCUCAAUUGGGUAAAGUGGAACACCUUGACUUAUUUGUGCUGUGCUUGAAGGAAGAGAAUGUGGCUGAAGUUAAAUACAGGGAAACUAAAGGUGACGACGGCGAACCCGUGGCGGCCGUAACUGAACAAUUAGCGUCGCUGACGCUUAUCGACGAAGGUGAGGGUACUAAGCGGAUUAUCCGUCAUGAACGCCACGGUGAGCGCGACGCUAACUCCAAGGUUAACCGCAUCUGUGAGGCCAUCCUUAAGGUGCUUGAAAAGCCUCAAAACCACGACCAAUACUUACAAACGAUCAUCACUGCCUACGCGUGUCAGAAACCUCCCAAUAUCGAGGAUGCGCUUAAGCUUAUUGGUGGACUUAAGGACGAAGACCACCGCGAACUGGCCAUCACCCAUUUGUGCUUCUUGUACGACGUCUACAAACUCUACAACCUGCUGUUGGCGAUCUACAAUGUGCGCCUUGCCCUUCUGGUGGCGCAACACUCGCAAAUGGACCCCAAGGAGUACCUCCCUUUCCUCCAGAACUUGCACCAACAACUGCCUCUCCGCCAGAAGUUUUUGAUUGACGACCAUCUUAAGAACUACACUAAGGCUCUCGGCUGGCUCUUUGAGUUGGCGGAAGCCCAGGAGUUCGAUGACUACAUGGUCCAACACCAUCUUUACAAACAGGCGAUUGCCAUCUAUACCAAGGAGAACAACACCCAACGUACUGAAGAGGUGUACCGUCUCUACGCUCAGUACUUGUUUGACGACAAGCAGUACCCCGACGCUGGGCUUACCUACGAGUACUUGGGCCUCGACGACGCUGCCCUCGAGCUGUGGGUGUUGGCCAAGCGGUGGAAGGAGGCGUUGGCGCUCGUGGCCCAGGACCAAGACCGCUACCGUACAGUUGCCACUGACUUGGUGGCGAGCCUUGAAAGCGACCACCGCUACGUCGAAGCCGCUGAAAUCGAGCGGUUUGUGUUGGGCAACGUCGACGCCGCGUGUGUGCUUUACUGUAAGCACUACCACUACGACCAAGCUAUCCUCUUAGCGAAGCUGCUGGGGAGACCCGAGCUUAUUGAGCUGAUAAUUGACCCGCAAUUGGGUGAAGGUUUCGGUACUAUCGCCGAGUUGCUUGCCGACUGUAAGCAGCAGAUGAACCUGCAGUUGCGGCGUUUGAGGGAGUUGCGGGAUAAGAAGGCCGAGGACCCUUUCACCUUCUACGGCAUGCCCGAACAGGAUACUGCUGACAACGUGCUGAUUGCUCCUUCGGAAACUUCAACGACGCCAUCGUUCUUCACUCGUUACACUGGUAAGACGCUGGGGACGGCGAAGACGGGGGCGCUGAGAAAGACGGCUAAGAACCGUAAGCGUGAGGAUAGAAAGCGGGCUAAGGGGCGUAAGGGUACUAUUUAUGAAGAGGAGUACUUGAUUCGCUCGGUGGGGCGGUUGAUUGAGCGGUUGGAGCAACAACAGCCCGAUGCCUCCAAUCUUAUCGAGGGGCUUUUGCGUCGCCACCAACGAGAACGUGCAGUGCAAAUCCAACACAACUGGGUGGAGUUGGUGCUGUUUAUCACCGAUAAUCUCGAAGAAAUCCACAACAUGAGCGACCGCGACCGCGAGCGGUUGGACGACGACGGGAACGUGUACUUGAUCGACCCCAUCCCCGUGCCGGCAGUGCCCAAAUUCCCUGUCAAAGCGAUGCUAGACUUUUAA